UCUAACCUUGUAUUAUUGAAUCAUGGUAUUCUAUCAUUCUUGAUACAGACCUUUCGUUUUAAAACAAACACACCAUUACAAAACUAUCUCGUCAUUCUAAACGAACGCGUUUAUCACAUCUGAGUUGACAACACGGGUUUCAUUUACGGCACCGAUUGACAUUUACAUCGCUCAACAAAAGCUGCACCUGGAAUAAGCUGCUCAACUAACAAGGACUGGUGAACACAAGUAUUUACCAACUAGUGGAAUAACCUGGCGUUUGCGAGCUAACCGCUCUGCCAUCACACUCAAAUCACAAAAAAAAAAAAAAAAUUUUUUAUAAAUAUGACACCAGUCUUCUAAUUUCAUUCAUCCGUGCUAUUAACUAAUUUAGUUAAGCGGAACAACAAAUCCCAAUCAUAGUUAAAAGCGAUGGACAGUCAGGUUUUGCAGGAUUUUGUCCAAAGUCGUUCCCGUACGCCACGUUCACAUAAGAUGCAAAGGAACUCCAGAGAAACAUUAAAAAUAGGGUUGUAUCAUUGCCCCCCACCUGCUGCGUAUGCCAAAGACGAUUGCAUGCAAACUCAAUGCAAUGCUUGCAACGGGUGGAGUCUGCUCAGGCCUACGGACUCAUCGGCUUUGGACCACAUCGUUUGUGGCCCCCUGCUGCUCAAAGAGAGCUGCCUCCACGGCAAACCCCAGUCCAACUGAGGCUGGUGCCACUUUAGGGCAUGUUUAGGUCUGCUCAACUGCGACGCCGCUCAC